UCAUAUUAUAGACACAAUCGCAGGUCGGUCUACAAAAGAUAACCAUUAUGCCACAAAUGUAAGAUAUCUUUAACUCUGUAUUCCGACUCAUUUUGAUGGACUUUGAAACAAGAGAUUUCAACAGUUAAGAAAAGAUGGGUCAAAAGCAAUCGACAGUCGUGUCGGAUAAUCCCGAAGUACAGAAAAUUUACGAAAUAGCAAAAUCAGAGGGCCCAGCUGCACUUCAAAGAUAUCUAGAUGUUACAUUAAAUAAAUGGAAAACAGAGUCGGUUAAGUUUGGAAUUAUUGGCAAAACAAAUGUAGGAAAGUCUACAUUCAUUAAUUCUAUUCGUGGUGUUACGGUGGGUAAUAAAGGAUAUGCAGCAGUUGGACGAGGAAAUACGACACAAUCGCCAACAUCUUACUACCAUCCAGAAAAUGACAACAUUGAAUUUGUUGACCUUCCAGGCGUAGGUACAACAAAAUUUCCGAAACAAACAUAUAUAGGAAAUAUGAAAGUAAGUGAAUACGACUAUUUUUUCAUUUUCUUUGAUACCGUAUUGUGCGAAGAUGAUAUAUGGAUAGCGAGUCAAUUAUUAAAAUUAGGAAAAUCGUUUUCUUUUGUUAGGUCAAAAAUCGACAAAGACGUUAAACAUGGAUUGGAAAAUAAUGAGACAGAAGAGGAAGUAUUGACACGGAUUCGGGAGAUUUUUAAGUCGACACUUGAUGAGAACAUAGAACUAAAAACAUUUGCUGAAAUUUUCCUCAUUUCAAGUAAGACACCUUCAAUUGGUGAAAUGGAUAAACUAAACAAACAUAUUCUUGAUAGUCUGUCAUCACUAAACCAGGAAAAAUUUAGAGUUGUUGUCUUUUCUUUUGGCCCAAUGUCGGAGGUAGUAAUCGAUGAAAAAUACAAAUCCCUGAAAAAACGUGCCAUCGCUGUUACAGUUGGAACUUCCAUUAUAUCAGGAAUACCGUUGCCUUUUGUCGACCUUGCAAUAAACAUAGGAAUUAUUGUGGCGGAAAUAAGACACUAUAUCAAAGUUUUUGGGCUAUCCGAAAAACAGAUGGAGUUAUUACAAAACUUUGAUUACAGUCAGCUGAAGUGCAAAGGUCUUUUAUUUAAAAAGCCAACGCUCCAAGAUAUAACGUUCAUCGUAAGACAACAGUAUACUAAAUUUCUUGCAACCUUUGCACUGGUGGCAUUAGAAAGUGUGUUUGAUGUUCUUGUUCCAAUUGUAGGAUCUGUCAUUUCUUCUGCGACAACAGCUGGAAUCGUGCACAAAUUUCUAAACAACUAUCUAGACGACUUACGACAUGAUGCAAUUAUUGUGUAUAAUCACGUUACACCAAAAAAUUGAGACUCUUUAUUUUGCUUUAAGACAUUUUUUUUAAA